CUCCGCUGCAUCCGAAGACAUGAUCAUGCAACAUGCAACCACGCCGCCCGGGUCGGACGUCAUUAAGGUAUAUAAGAGAUGAAGGUGAGGUCCUGAGGAACUCAGUAGCUUCGCCUUCUGAAGACAGCACUAUGAGUCCUCUGAUUGUAUUAUGCUGCAUCGCCCUGGCAACCGCCAAACCCAGCGGGUUCCACUCUGCGUUCUACUCCGUCCCUUCCUACGUUGUCGCAAGUCCCUUAUCCGUAUCCAGCCAGUAUCACACGCAGGACCCACUGGGCCAGUACAGCUACGGAUACUCAGCAGGAUCCUCCGCGAAAGCAGAGUCAAAGACUCUUGAUGGCGUCAUCCGCGGAGGCUACUCUUACUUGGACGGUAACGGCGUCGUACAGUCUGCUAACUAUGUCGCCGAUGACGCCCACGGAUUUCAAAUAGCUGCCACUAACGUGGCCGUUGACACUCCUGAAGUUGCUGCCGCCAAGGCAGCCCACGCCGCUGCUUACAAUGAAGCCGCCUAUGCAUCAGCUGCGGCACCAGACGCUGACGAGUCGAUCAUCGUAUCUGCCCCCGUAGUCAGCUCCUACGUCGCGUCGCCACCAGCCUUAAGCGUCGUUAAGGAAGUUCCGUCCAAAGCAUUUUCAUACGCGACGUUAGCGAUUUCUCCUGCUGUCUCUCACGUAGCUGCAGCCCCUGCCGUCACUUCUAACGCCGUCAGUGUUGUCAAAGACGUCUCCUCAAACGGCUUCUCGUACUCAACCGUAUCUGCUUCUCCGUCAAUCUCCGUGGUAUCAGCUCCUGCAGCUGUAUCCUACUCCGUUGCCGCUGAGAAGUUUCCCGUUGUUCCUGUAGUGAAUGUGAGAACUGUAGUUGCCCCAGCCACUGCAUACGCGUCCACCAGUCACCAGUACCACACACAAGACGCCUUGGGCCAGUAUAGCUACGGAUACUCCGGAGGACCCUCUUCCAAGGUCGAAACCAAGACUCUUGACGGUGUGACACGCGGUGGAUAUUCCUACGUAGACGGAAAUGGCAUUGUGCAGAGCGCACGUUAUGUAGCUGAUGACAUCAAUGGUUUCAGAAUAGCCGCAACUAAUAUCCCGGUCGGUCCUGAGUCUACUGUCGUGAGCAAUGUUGUUGUGCCACCCGUGGCUUUUGACCACCAGGUUGUCGCUGACACACCUGAAGUUGUAGCUGCCAGAGCCGCCCACUUCGCAGCUCACGCAGCUGUCAAAUAUCGUGAUCACUAUGUUUAUUGAACAGAUGCGAAAUAAUAAGGUUUGUUUCAGUGAACUUAAAAUGGCCGACUGUAUUUUUCUGAACAUAAUACACCCCAUUUCAGUUCUCAAAUUUUACAUAGCAUGCAGCCCAAAAAAUCCCUAUUGUAAUAAAUUUGUUUCAGACGCAUGUAAAAUAAUUACUUGUCAACGUACGUAUUUCAAUUGUUUCAAUAAAAUUCACAUUUAUGUGUUCUUGCAUGAUGAUAAAGGAAUAAAAAAUACAUUCUAAGAUUAAGCUUAGUGUUGUAAAAGUAGACGGCUAAGAUUUUACAUACCCGUGUGAUGGCCCGCAGAACAGUUACCUCUUUUUCAACCCGCCCUUAGAGAAUACAAAGUUUUACUUGACUGUUGUACACGUGAUGUCUAGAAAUGUUUCCAUUCCGCCUGAUAUUUUAAAUUUAGGAUAUAAAUUAUAUUUGGGUAAAUAUGUCAUUCUCUGUUAGGCUACUUGUAAUUUUACGUGUUAUUCCAUUCAGGUUCGUCAGUUUUCAUUGAGGAGUUUAAUGCGAUAACAUCCUACUUCCUUGUAAAUUGCUGAAUUAAUCACAUAGGACUUUUUAUUUUACUUUUUUAAGAUAGUAGCAUUUAGUUCUGUCUUAAACUUGAGUCGUAGCAUUUCCUACAUCCAUAACUUUUCAUGUCUGUUGUAGUCACAGGAAUAGAUUUCCCAGUACAAUUUAUCCACGAUAAGCUUUUGGGCAGCACAUAGCUGUCUCACCUUAAAAUUAAAGCUCAAAUAUACUUUCUAAAAAUAAUUUAACAAAGACAUAAUUAAAACAUAUAUUUAAACAUCAAUAGUCACUGGGUAACUCUCCAUCUUAUGUUUUAAUUUCAUCGAGAAGUGUCGGCAUCUUGAUAAUAAGUCAUAUUAGUUAGCGGAAGCCAGCUGAAAAUAUAUCUCUCAUUUUAAAAUUUUCCUGAAUUGUGCAUAUCACUUAUUCAAUCAAUUGUAUAUUGAAUAAUUUACAUUCACCAAAAUACAAUCUUGACGAUUACUAUGACAU